CUCUACUUCUUAACCAGAGGAAGAUGAAGCUUCUGAUUUUGGUAACUCUGCUCGGGCUGAGCUCGGCUCAGUUCAGCCCGAAUAUGAAGGAUGGGAGAACUUCCCUCGUCCACCUGUUCGAAUGGCGCUGGGCUGAUAUCGCAGCAGAGUGCGAGAGAUACCUGGCACCCAACGGCUUUGGAGGAGUUCAGAUCUCUCCUCCAAGCGAGAGCAUCGUGGUCACCAACCCCUUUCACCCAUGGUGGCAGAGAUACCAGCCAAUCAGCUACAACCUGUGCUCCAGAUCAGGAAAAGAGAACGAGCUGAGGGACAUGAUCACCAGAUGCAACAAUGUCGGGGUGAACAUCUACGUAGAUGCAGUCAUCAACCACAUGUGUGGAUCAGGUGGUGGCGCUGGCACACACUCCAGCUGUGGCACUUAUUUCAACGCCAACACCAAGGAGUUCCCAUCAAUUCCAUUCACAGGCUGGGACUUCAACGAUGCCAAGUGCAACACUGGCAGUGGAGAAAUCGAGAACUAUCAUGAUAUUAAUCAGGUGAGAAACUGUCGUCUGGUUGGUCUUCUGGACCUGGCCUUGGAGAAAGACUACGUUCGUGGUAAGGUGGCCGAUUACAUGAACGCUCUUAUCGACAUGGGCGUGGCCGGGUUCAGAGUGGACGCCUGCAAGCACAUGUGGCCUGGAGAUCUCAGCGCUGUUUACGGACGCCUCAAUAACCUCAACACCAAAUGGUUCUCAGGUGGUUCCAGACCCUUCAUCUUCCAAGAGGUUAUUGAUCUCGGUGGUGAGCCAAUCACAGCUGCUGAGUACACUGGACUGGGCAGAGUGACCGAGUUCAAGUAUGGCGCCAAGCUGGGAACCGUUAUGCGUAAAUGGAACGGAGAAAAGCUUUCCUACCUUAAGAACUGGGGUGAGGGAUGGGGAAUGAUGGCCUCAGAUAAAGCCCUGGUGUUCGUUGAUAACCACGAUAAUCAGCGAGGCCAUGGAGCUGGAGGAGCAUCCAUCGUCACAUUCUGGGAUGCCAGGCUUUACAAGAUGGCUGUUGCUCUGAUGUUGGCCCAUCCCUACGGAGUGACCAGAGUGAUGUCCAGUUUCCGUUGGGACCGUAACAUCGUCAACGGCCAGGAUCAGAACGACUGGAUGGGACCACCCAGCUACGGCGACGGCACAACCAAGCCUGUGCCCAUCAAUGCAGACAGUACCUGUGGAGACGGCUGGGUCUGUGAGCACAGGUGGCGUCAGAUCAGGAACAUGGUGAUUUUCCGAAAUGUGGUUGGAGGAGCGGUGUUCGCCAACUGGUGGGACAAUGGCAGUAAUCAGAUCGCUUUCGGCCGCGGUAACCGCGGUUUCAUCGUCAUCAACAACGACGACUGGACCCUGGACGCCACCCUGGCCACCGGCCUGCCUGGAGGAACCUACUGUGAUGUCAUUUCCGGUCAGAAGGAGGGAGGUAGUUGCACUGGAAAGCAGGUGACGGUUGGAAGUGACGGAAAGGCCUAUUUCAAAAUCAGCAACUCGGAAGAAGAUCCAUUUUUUGCCAUCCAUGCUGACUCCAAACUGUAAAUUAUUGCACUAUUAACAAUAAACCUUCUGCAAAUAAAA